AUGUCAUUUAUUAUCGUUGCUGAAGUACUUCAAAUCUUCACUAGUGACCUCCAAAAGCUUCGCAAGCUUACUGAUCACAUUGAAGAAAUUGAAGAAGAUACAAAAGUGUCGUUAGAUAGUUACCAUCGUGAAGGGCCUUUCGAUGCCAGUUUAACAUGGGGUGUAGACAGAAUAGACUACGAGAAGAAUGAUGACCUUUUCUUUACCUGGGGGGUGGGCAACGGGAUAGACGCCUACGUCGUUGACACCGGAAUUAACCCUGAUCAUAUGGACUUCGGGGGAAGAGUGUCGGCAGGGUGGCACGCAGGUUCAUUUGCCGAUAGUAAAGACUACAUGGGGCAUGGUACCCAUGUAGCCAGUACCUUAGGUGGCGCCACCUAUGGAGUAGCCAAGGAGGUGAACCUCAUCCCCGUCAAGGUAUGCAGCCACUCUUGUACAGAGUCGGAGAUCCUGGAAGGGCUAAACUGGGUAAAGGCACAGGUUCUACUAUACAAGCGUCUGUCAGUAAUAAAUAUGUCCCUCAGUGGUCCGAAACGCCCGUCCUUCAACAACGUUGUGAACGCGGUAAUCGAUGCAGGCAUCCCAACGGUAGUCAGCGCUGGAAAUAUCUACGGGGGCGAUGCAUGUGCCAGAUCCCCUGCGAGCGUAGGCAGGGCCCUCACGGUUGGAGCCACCCGGAUAGGUGAUUUCGUGGCUGGAUUUAGUGACAUCGGACCGUGCGUCGAUAUUUACGCGCCAGGGGAGAACAUCAAGGCCGCUUACUAUGGAAACAACCACGGUUCGACCCUGAAAAGUGGGACCUCAAUGUCCGCACCUCACGUCGCCGGUGCUGUCGCGGGCAUGCUGCAGGUCGUUCGCGAUGCUGGGUACUAUACAGAACCGUCGCAAGACGUUGUGGACAUGAUUAACCGUUACAUAAUCAAGUACGCGGAGAAGGGUACCGUGCUUGGACUCCCAGGGUUGAACAACAACAACGUAAUGCUUCAGGUCUCCGGUCUGUAUACUGUGCAGACUUAAUCAGGCGUGCCUGAAAAUACGCCCUUGCUAAAAAUGAUGGAGUAUCCCCGACAAAACAUUACAUCUUCGUUUUAAA